AUGUAUAUUUGUUUUCAAGCAACGAAGUCUGGGUUGAAGAGUGGUUUGAGACCUUUCAUUGGAUUGGAUAGAACAUUUUUGAAAGGGAAAGCUAAAGGUCAACUGUUUGUGGCUGUUGGCCAAGAUUCUGCCAAUUAUUUAUAUCCAUUGGCUUGGGCUAUUGUUGACAAAGAAACAAAACUUACUUGGAAGUGGUUCUUAGGGUUGAUUGACUCAAUCCAAAUUGUUCUUCCUGAGUCACACUUCAGAUUUUGUGUAAGACAUAUAGAAGCAAAUUGGUGUAAGAGAUGGGGUUCUAGUGAGUUCAAAAAAUUCCUUUGGUGGGCUGCAUGGAGUACUUAUGAAGAGGACUUCAAAUAUCAGAUAAAGAGUAUGAGUCAAGUAGAUGAUGAUGGAAAGGAAGUUAUUGAAGAUUUGUCAAAGUAUCCACCAAAAUGUUGGAGUAGGGCAUUCUUUGAUACUAUUUGCAAGAACCAGUAUGUGGACAACUUGACUAAGUCAUUCAAUGCAUGGAUCUUGCAAGCAAGGCACAAGAUAAUCAUUAAGAUGCUUGAGGAUAUUAGAAUCAAGGUGAUGAACAUGAUUAAUGAACAUGAAGUUGAGGUGAUGACAUGGAGAAAUGAGUACAGUCCCAAAACCAUGGAGCUGUACAACCAAUUCAUGAGGAUUGCAUUAAAGUCUCAUGUUAAUGGCAAUGCAGACAAUGGAUAUGAGGUGACUGAAAGUAGUGACAGGCACAUUGUGCAUUUGAGGUUAAAGAAAUGUACCUGCAAGGCAUGGGAUCUUUGUGGCAUUCUAUGUCCUCAUGCAAUCUGUGCAUUGUUGCACAAGAAAGUGAACCCUUUAAAUCAGAUUCAUCGGUACCUUACCAAAGAGGCUUAUCUCCUAACUUAUUCACAUAAGUUACAACCAGUAAGAGGAGAAAAGUUCUAA